AUGUCGUUGCCGAGAAUGUGCUCAUUACCCUCAAGUAGUAGCAGCGGCGGAAGCAGCAGCAGUGAGGCUGACAAGGAGAAGCAGCGAUUUGCUGCCGCAGCGAUGGCCUUUCCAGGCUUGCCUUUCAUGGCCGCAGCCGCCGCUUUCCCGAAUGUGACGUCUGGCGCGGCGGCUGCAAGCAGCUCGGUGUUCCCGAGCCAGAUGGCCGCUCAACUGUCGCUUUUCAACCCGCAACUGCAGCAGUACUACGCCAGCUUCUUGCACCAGCAGCAGCUUUUGCAAAGCUUGCAGAAUCAUUCGCCACAGUGCCGAGCAGGUUUGCCUUCAUCUUCUUAA